AUGGAUUUAUUCCGCUCCGAUUGUCUGGAAUACCGUAGUUUCAACUCUCCUGAGGAUGAUGACUUCUUCCAUUCCAUCCAGAGUGAUCCGGUUGCCUUCACAAACUCCUGUGCAUCACUCAUACGACCCGUGAACCGCCAAUUCACCGAGAACAUCAAAAAGCAUCUCAUUGAGAACUCGCUACUGUUUGUGAUCAUCUACAAAAUUACCGAUGAUUUAGGCAGCCAGAUUGAACCUGAGCCCAUCGGCACACUUUUCUUGAAGUCCCCAAGUCCAGAUAUGGCCCAUCACCGUUGCUCGGAGUUUGGUAUCGAUAUAAAAAAGGAAUAUCAAAACCAGGGAUAUGGCAGCGAGGCAAUAAACUGGAUGCUUGAUUGGGCCUUCAAGAAUGCUGGUUUGCACCGGGUGGAAUGUAAUGUUUUUGGUUGGAACACUCGUGCCCAAAAGGCUUAUGAAAGACUUGGCUUCCGAGAGGAGGGACGGAGAAGAGAGUGCUUGUUCAAGGAUGAUAAAUGGUGGGACGAAGUGCAUUUGGGGAUUCUCAAGAACGAGUGGCAGGAAAUUAGACAUGCGCAGGGCACCGUGUCAAUAUUUGCCUAG